AUGGUGAAGGAGCACUGCUUGAUGGGCAUAAAAGGAACUGUUCGUAGAAGUACUGAUGGACAUAUAAUUCAUGCUAAUAUUGACACAGAUGUCAUUAUAGCUGAAGAACCUCCUUAUGGUUCAACACAAAAGCCUGAAGAUAUGUACAGGAUUAUUGAGCACUUUGCCCUUGGAAGGAGGAGACUAGAACUAUUUGGUGAAGACCACAAUAUUCGAGCCGGCUGGCUGACUGUUGGUAAAGAAUUGUCGUCUUCAAAUUUUAAUAAAGAGGCAUAUGUGAAAAGUUUUUCGGACAAAGAUGGGAAAGUUUGGCAAGGAGGUGGGGGAAGAAAUCCACCUCCGGAGGCACCUCAUCUGGUGGUGACUACUCCUGAUAUAGAGGCUUUAAGGCCUAAGUCACCAAUGAAGAACCAACAACAAAUGCAGCAGCAGAAUUCAGUAUCCAUUUCUUUGACGACAGGUAGCGGGUCUAACAGAAGGCCUGCUGGGAAUUCACCGCAGAACCCAACUGCACUCGGUGUCAACCCAGAUGCAUCAAGCUCAAACCCAUCUACUCCAGCUCCUUGGGGUUCACCUUUGGAGGGCUUCAAGGGACGUGAAGGCUCUGUAGUGCCCUCAGAUGAUAAAGUAAUCGAUAUGUACGGGUUUCAUGGACCAGCGUCUGCAAGCUAUCUAGAUUUUGAAUCUUACAGACAAAUGAAUAUGUUGUAG